UUGCCAGAAGCACGCGCAUUUUUUAAGGGGUGGGGUAGUAAUAGCUAGAAACUGAGUUGGGACGAAUAGUUCAGCGUGCGUGCGUGUUUUAGAUGAAAAAGGUGGAUGGGUACGUGUUUGCGUGUGCGCGUGCAUCUUUAUCAAUAUAGCCAUGCAUGCGGGCACAGACGUAUUCAGCGUGUCCAUGUCACAGAGACCGAAAGUGAAUGACUCAAAACAUGGGUGAAUCAGUACACAUCCGGGCAAUGGCGUUUUGAGGUGUAACUAGCGUAAGUUGAAGUGGAAUAAUAUACAACCAAGAGGCUCACUACUUGAGAUUUAGUAAUACGACUAAGCUUUUCCUUCCAGACUGUGGGCAAUUUAAUAUAUUUCCUUAAUACCUCGGCCCAUGGUGUCUUCAUAUCAUCGAGAGAGGAUCCCAACAUUGGGGCUUCUGAGGAAGAGGAGCCUAUGAACUCGCUGUCAGGAUUUGCUAAAAUGAUGUCUAGUCCUGAACCAUCUGGUGACUCGGAGAACUGCACCUCAGAGAAUAGCAGGCCUUCUGAAAAUGAGUCUCUCUCCUUCAAGCGUCACAAAGCUAAAAACACCAAAAUUUGUGGAGUGUGUGGCGAUCGGGCACUUGGUUACAAUUUCAAUGCUGUUACUUGUGAAUCGUGCAAGGCAUUCUUCCGCAGAAAUGCUUUUAAAGAUAAGCAAAUCAAGUGCCUUUUUAAAGGAGACUGUAUAAUCGAUCUUCGCACAAGAAGAUUCUGUCCAGCAUGCCGAAUCAAAAAGUGCUUUGAGAUUGGCAUGAAACGAGAUAUGAUCCUAGAUGAAAAUGAAAGGAAGGCAAGAAUGGCUAAAGUUCUACAAAACCGAGUGAAAAAGACAUCAGUUCAGUCAACACCAAAUGCAGACAUAAAAUCAGAGCCUCUUGAUCCAGAUGAAUAUCGAGUGGAAUCAUCAAAUAUUAGUUCUCCUGGCUUUUCUGAGUGUGUGCAGUCUCCUCCAGCACCUUCAUCAGAACCACCUGAACGAGUGUUCCAGCAAAUUCCUCGUGAAAGGCUACCAGCAGACCCGCUUCUUUACCGCAGGCUUACAGAGGAAGAGGAUCACAUGUUGAAGGAUUUUUCCUAUUGCUAUGAAACCACAAUAGCAGCUGUGCCAGACCUGGACCAGGCCAUGCGAGAGAACUACCACAAUGCCACAGACCUUGUUAACAACUCAGAAGUUUGUGUGCGACAGUUGAUAAAGUUUGUAAAGCAGCUGGAGGAUUUCAAACUAUUGCGUCAGGAAGACCAAAUUUCUGCCCUGAAGUCAUGCAUUAUGCGGUCGGUCUUGUUGAGGUCAGUUGCCUUUUACAUUGUAGAAAAAGAUGCCUGGCUGACUUUGAAAGGUGAAAUCCCCACUAGCAUCCUGAAAGAGGCCACAGGGCUCUGCACCCUCCACAACCUUCACGUGCGAUAUUGCAGAACCUUAAAGGCAGUUGUGCAGAAUAACUUCACUUUGUAUGCUCUUAUGCAGGUCUUGAUCAUUUUCAAUCCUGACGGCAACAACCUCAUUGACCGAGAGCUCAUCUCCAACCUGCAGGAUAAGUACAUUAACAUACUAAAACAUUACCUGGAGGCUCAAUACUCAUACGAGCAUGCACAUGAGUAUUUUGCAGCCAUUUUGGACAGACUCUCAGAGCUCAAAUCGGUCGGUGAAGAGCAUUCUCGUAUUUUGUUGCAGGUGAACCCAUGUCAGAUUGAGCCUCUCAUGUUGGAAGUGCUCAACCUGAAGUAGUGCCAUAUAGUCCCCCGUUUUUGGUGCAAAUAGUGACAGCUUGCUGUGUCUUCACAAUUAGACUUGCAUGUGUCUAAUGGUUCCCCUUUUGAGUUUUGAGAAACCAAAGUCUCCAUUGGGCUCUUUGGCUUUGGUGACCACCUGUACUUGGUGGAGGCAGCAGAACUGGUGAUGAAUGCCAGAUUUAAGUCAUGCAGUCAGUAGUGGUAGCAGAUUUCACUGACCAUAUGAUCAUAAUUCAUAUCUGAGUCGGUGAUUAUGAAUGCUGCUCUGUCUUAAAUGGUAUUUUGCAGUUGACUGUUUUCUACAUGUGUUGAUGCUAUGGGGUAACCAGAGCAACCAAAUAAUGUGAGAAGACUUGUUCAUAACAGGAAAACUGGUGGCUAUGCUACAGCCACAAAGAAAGUGCUGACAAGUUUUGACCUUAUACAAAUUAUGAGGGAAUUUACAAAAAUUUCUUUCCAUGUUUUCAAGAACAUGGCUUUUCAGAAAUAAAAGAUGUAAUCUGCAUGUAAGUUGUAGAGCUGUCAAUAGCUAACAUUCAGUCUUGAUGCUGACAUUGCAGUUUUCUAUCGCUUCAUCAGGUAUCUGAAUACUCCCUUAUCAGUGAUACCGUUACAUUCGAAAAGAUUGUCAGCAUUAAAAUACAGAUUGAUUGGAAAUAGUCAUGACAGUACAGUUUUCAGAGUUUGUUUCAUCUCAUUCUUAAUGUGAUAUAUCACCAUCCCAAGUUAUGGGUAGGAUUUUGUUUAUUGCAGCCGCUACACUAGUAUUGGUAACCUUACUUGGUUACAGUAAGACAAAUACCAGUCUUGUUCUGGUCUUUCUUUAGAAAGAAUUUUUUCAUCUGCCUUCUGAUGUAAUUUCAAAAUAGGUCUUUUAAGACAGUGCUUGUUCACACUAAUUCUGAACUUGUUAAAUAGGCUGUUACAACAGCUGUUCAAAUAGUGCAGUGUGUUAUCUGCCUUUGUUCUUUUAGUUUUAUUGUGAUUACAAAAGUGACAUUUGCAUUACUUUUUGAGUGGAGAAAUUAAUGUGGGCUGAUUUGCCAUGUACUCAGCAGUAGCUAAGAUUUGCCCUCUUCCCCCUUUUAAGGUUCUUUGGUGUCAUUGAUGUGUUUAAUUUUAUAAUAAUUAGAAUUUGAGACUUUGUGUAAUCUACUUAUACAAUUCUGGCUGUAACUUUCUAAAUCAGAAUUAAGAAAGUGAUCACUUUUUGAAAUGCUUCAUUCGAAGCUUGCACUUUUGGGACAGUAAAAUAGUAUUUUUGUGAUUUUUAUAUGAUGUGUAACGUGAUUAACAGAGUGCCAUAAUUUCAAGAUUUGAUGCAGUCAUGGAUCGUGACCAGCAUAAAGUGGAUAUUUUUGCUCAACAAUUUUUAAGUUUUGCAAAGUGGUGUUUCUUGUUUGUAAUCAUAUAAUAGAAGAUUGAUAUGCAAAGCAAAAACAAGUGAAAUAAGAAUGAAUGAUGAAGGGCAAAGAAGUGAGGAGUGAAGAUUAUAGGAUAGAUGGUUUAUGUUCUUGUUUAAUACUAAACGACAUUAAAUUCAGAAACAGACAUGACAAACAUUAAUGUACUUUUCCUUAUCUUUCAACAAAUAAAUCCUUGUGAAAAUGUUUGGUUAUUGUCGAUUCCCUCAUCAGUUAUCUAAAAUUUUAAAUGUAAACAGUAAUCUCUUUAGGACAUAGCAAACCUUUUAUUAUCAGGGUGGUGUUAUUUGAAAAAAAUUGUUGAUCAAAUGUGAUUGCGAUCUGUUAUGACAGUUUUCAUUCAAAAGUGCUAAAGAAAAAUGUAAAGGACGUUUGUAAUAAGUUCGUGAGAGGUACUGUGACCACCAUGGCCAACUUUUCCAGUAGUGGCUUCUUGACACUGCCACACUAUAUCUCUCACAUGUCACCGAGUGAAGGAAUGCUUUUGCACUUAAUGAAACAAUACAGUUAGGCAGACUGAAGGCUAAAUAUUUAAAGGAUCUCAAGGAACUUUGUUUAAUUUUCUUUGACUUAGCAUCAUUCAUAGUGAAUAAUAGACGUUUGAAAUUGUGCCAUAUUUACAACUAUUUAUAAAUCUGUAUGAGUAUAUAACACAUGCUUGGUGAGCUUGCAGAGCUGUUGAUGAGCAGAAACACCUUUUUUCUAAUUUGUAGAUGAAAAAUGUUAUGUGCUUGAAUGUGUAGGAGUAUCCAGUUACAGUUUUCCCCUCAGUAACAGGUAAUGCAUGCUAUAUUUUAUUUAUCAUUGUGCAGGCACAGACCUUUGUACUAGGUCAUGUAGGUGAAUAGUCACCAUUCGCUUUCUUUAUAAGCAGUAGGCUUAUGACAGCUAUUUAAGUGGCGCCAUUUUUACAAAUUAUUCUGCAGAGCUGCACAUUCUGUGGUAAUCCAGGCACUGCAUAACUUUUAAGUAUAUAUUCUGUUAUUUUUAUGCUUAGCACCUAAUUUGAUGCAUGCCUGACCUCUUAUAUGUGCUUGAACACAAAUAUAUAUGUACAUUUUGUUACUUUUUCUGAUAUAUUCUGUGUAACAGAUUUUAACUACAGUGACUUUGUAACUCCAAAAUAUUUUUUAAAUCCAGCUGUUGCAAUCAUUAUUUCAUUUGCCCAUAGAUUAAUAUUAAUAUAUUUAUUUUGCUUUGUACGUCUCAUUAUCACAUGUGCAAGCCCUAUACUCAUGCUUUUUUUUAUAUAUAUAGUUUUGUAUUACAUUAAUGGUAUCCAUUCCACUUGUGAGGCUGGAAAGUCCUUGCUGAGGGCCUCUGAGGGUAGUUUGCGGCUUUAGAAAAGCACAGGAUUAGAACUGCCAAGCUUUUGCCCUAUGCAAAACAGCCUUCCACGUGUUUAUGUCUUGAUGUAUACAUAUAUAAACACACACACACAAUAGUUUCGGAUUUGUGCAAAAUGUAAAAUAUUGAUGCAUUUUGUACGUUUGAUUAUGCAAAGUUGUUUUAUACAUGCAACUACUGUUAACUGUCAAGUACAAUAGUCUAAUAUUUUACUAAGACGCAAGCUGAUAUAUGCUAAUGCUAGAUGUUAAUAGAUUUCUUAGUGUAUGGUUUUUAACACAUUUCAUUUAGUAUUGUCUUUUUUUUUUUUUUACCACAUUAACUUUAAGCAACGUUUUGAUUGCCCAUGUGACAGUCUUGGCUGGUAAAAUUCCACAAUUGAUUGAUAUGCCUUUUAAGUUUUAACUUGAAUACUUUGCUCCUAAUUAUCCUUUUACAUUGAUUACCCAUGCUUGUCAAAUUAGGGUACAUGAGAAGUUGAAGUGGACCACUAGGUUUGUGGAUAAUCAUGUAUUAUUGAUAACUAUCAGGUGUCAAGACAGUGUGCAUCAGCAUGCCAGAGCUGGCAAAGAAGCAAAACCCAGAUGUUGUAUCUUCAGCUUAUAACAUAGCAGUUCAUGUCAGGUGAUGUGCCUGCAUUAUUUAAACAUAUUAUUACCUCAACCUGUGAUAAAUUCUUAUUUGCAAAUUAGUAUAUUAGGUCUGGUUUAAAGGAAGCUAAUUCACAAGGGGGGUGGGGGAGGUGAUGGUGCAUAUAACAAUGAGAUUCCUUGUUUCAUUGCAUGGUUUGCAAAACUAAUGUGGCUUUUCUGGGUUGUCUGUGAAAAGUAAACUUUUAUGUAAAGAUCUGUGACUGCAUUUGGCAGCGACCGAGUACUUUUUUUUUCAAAGAAGUCAUAGAUUUUUGACAAAUUCGUUUUUAAAAUUGACAUACAUUUAAGAUAUGUAAGACGGAGAUCAUAUAAAAUCUUAUUGAUCAGAAGAAAAAGCAUUUUCUUUUUCUGUGAUCUAUAUUUGUUUUCCAGUCACUUAUCAAGGUGGAAGACGAUAGUAUCAGUAGUGCAAGUAAUUUUUUUUUUCAUUUUUUUUCCUCCUGCAUCUUAGUAAGAAAUUAUGCAGAUAAACUUAAAUGUUUAAAGGAUAUUUGGUUGGAGAAAAUGUACGCUGCAGCCCGGAGGUAAUCAUGGUUUGCAGUAACACAUGGUUGGAGUUAGCUCCAAUGAUGCUAAGACAAUAUUAUGUGUACGUUAACUGGUCAUUGACUCCUAAAUGGCAUUUUCUUUUUCUAGCACUCUCUCUCUCUCUUUCCCCCUUUAUCUCUGCACUUCUUGAUUCCUAUUUUUGGAGUGCAAAGAUGGAGCAUUGUAUAUUCUAAAAGUAUUGUAUUCUUAAAGCACACAUACUAUAGAAAAUCAAGCAUUAUUUUUAACGUUUUAAGCACAGGACAUAAUAUUUGAUUCUCUUGCACACUUUUUCAUUGCAUCCCCCAAUCCUUCUGAAAAUGUUUUAUUUGUCAUUUUAGCUCAUGUAAAAAGUAUAUGUAUCAUUUUCCCUGUGCACAUAAGCAUUUAGCACACAAAGCGCAGUUUGGUUAAGGUUUGUGUCAAAUUGUUCUGACCUGGACAUCACUCUGUGGUCACUGUUUCAGUGUUAGGCUGGUAGCAUGCUUUUCAUUCUGGAGAAAAAUUUCACACAUAUUCAGUCCUGUUAGCUUGGAUCGUUGAAGUAUGAGAUCAGAAUUGUUUGACAAAAUACAGGAAAAUAAAGAUAGCAUAUUAUCAAAAUACUUGCUACUUAUAUCAUUAAUUAAUUUCUAGUUAAAUAAAAUGUUUUGUGCAUGGAAAUGGAGAACAUCUUACAUUCAGAAUCAGAAGGAUAUCAGUUAAAUGCUUUGAUGACUGUUUUUAGUUGAGGAGGGGGUUGGGAAUAGGUGUUUCAUGCUAAGCCAGCAACUAAGGCUAUAUCAUGGCAAGGCUGCCAACACUGUAAACAUAUACCACAUGCAGAGAAAGAACAUGCCCGAGAUGAGGGCUAAACCCAGGACUACCGUCCUUUGCUGUAUUGGUGACAUGUGCUAACCAUUGCACCACUGAGUCACCCUUAAUUGAGGAAAAAGAAACCCAAGAUUACAUAAAUGGUAACAUAAUAAAUUUUAAUAUGAAAUUUAUAAAAUUUUAAAAUUACUGAAGAAUAAUAAUUGGUCUUUUUAAAAAUGUCAAAAACUAGAAAUAUAUAGGAAAGGAGAGAAAACUAAAUUCUUAAUAUGACAUGACUUCUAUAAACUGCUUUUGAAAUAUUGGGAGGAGAAAUGUUUUUAUAAUCUCUUGGAUAUGAAGGAAAGAUGUUGAUGAAUAUGUGGGAUUCUUUACUAUUGGUGUGCUUGUAAAAGAAAAGAUUUUUGAUGGCUAUUUUGUGUUACAGACUCUGAUGGUAUGUUUUUCUUCACAGAUAUGUACACUGGAUAUAUGAAUGUGCAGGACUGUAUCUUUUUAUACACGCCAGCCUUUCAUCAUAACUAUAUGCACUAUGAUAUUGCAAACUGUAUAAAGUUUAUAUUUUUUCCAUUUGCAUGCUGCAGUUGGAGAAAUUUUUUUCAUAACAUAAAAUUGGUUUGCACCAUCUGUUAAGCACUGAAGAGUUUCACCUGAUUGUAAUUGUGUGAAAUAGGAUUGCCCAAGUUCAUGUAUUUGUUUUGCUAUUUCCAUGGCAGUUACUAUCAGUAGUUAUGCAUGAACUGCAUUAACCAAGCCAUUUUACUUGAGUUAAUUUUUAUAGCAUUUAAGUACAUGCACUGCAGGAGCUGCUGGGGGCAUAAGACCAGUAUUGCUGUCAUACACCCAGAGCACUUCAGUUCCAUCUCACUUGCAGAUGUUUUUAUGCUUGGGAGAAAAAGAAAUUUUGAUCACUUUGUUUGGAAGAAUUUUUUUUAGGGUAGCUAAAGAUAUGAGGACCUUUAGCAAAUUUGCUUUCUAAGAACUAGAUACUGUCAUUGUACUUGGUGCCUUGGAUCUCAGCAAAAGCAUGAAUGAACUUUAUGCAGUGUCAGCAAGCACAAAUACAUCAGAUGAAUGCAGCCAUACUGAAUGCUAACUGGAACUUAUUUAAACAAAGGUAAUUUUUAAAAAAAACUUGAACUCCACCUUCAAGAUCAGUGAAUGGUCAGCAGAGAAAGAUCAGUAAAUGUAUAUCAACUUUAACUGAUUUCAGGUCACAUUGGUAAUAGUGACACCAUUGUAUAAACAUUUGUGUUGGAAUUACACUUAAAUCGAAACUCCAUUUACUACAUACAGCAUCAUUUGUCUGACAGUUGUCAGGUAGUAGUUAACUAAUCUCAGUUGCUAAUGGCUCGAUAACACUUUGUGGACAGAAAUUUGUAGUCUGUGGCCUAAUGCAUGGCUGAGAAUUAAUGGCCUGCAAGUUGUAUGCCUGAGACCGGUACCUGUUAAAAUAUCUUGGAUAUCCAUAAAUAGGAAAGAGAUUUGUUCACUUGAUGAAGUCUUCAAUAGUUUCCAAAAAAUAGCUGUCAAUGUUAUGAUUGUUACCAAAUAUGGGAUUUGUCUGAGCAGAAUUUAUUGAAGCGUCAUACAUUUAUUUGCUUUUACCUGUAAAUAUAUCUGAUGAUUGUAAUUCAUUCUAGUAUUCUCCAUUGCGCUGCAUUUGAGUUCCCAUUUUAAAGGUUAGAGGGUAGACUUUUGAAUGACUGAAAAUGUUAAAUCCCAUACAUUUUUCAUGGAACACACAUCAAUGUUAGUCAUGCUUUGAAACAUACCUAUUGAAACAGUGAUGAAGGCUGCAUUUUAAGAUCUUAGCAUGAUUUUGUCUCAACAAAUAUUAUUUAAUAAUAUUGCCAUACCUAAAUCAGUGAUUCCUCUUGAAGCAGUCAUCAUAUUUAUCUUUUGCUCCUGUGUUCUUUAAAUAUGAAAUGCCAUAUGACUGUGUGUCUGACAACUUUAUGUUGUGCUGUUGUUGAUACCGGUGCCUGAAGAAUGUAACGAUUUUAUUAAUUACAUCUCCGUUGUAAUCAUUCUGUAUUACCAUCAGAGAUAGCGUCUGUUCAGUGACUGUCAGAACUUCCUGUACAUUGUUGUGUUAUAACAACAGUAAGAAGCGAAAACGCUUGGAAUAAUUGUUUCAAGAAAUGUGAAUUAAACGAUGUAGAGGUAUAGAAAAGAGAAAAAUUGAUUAUAGGAGUGUCUGUAAACAUUGGUCAUGACCUCUGAAGUAGUUAAUAGGAAACCUGUCAAUACAUUUAUUAUCGAUUUUUUGGCACAAUCUAAGAUGUGCAAAAUAUAAUGUUAUUUAAAAUACAGACUGAAACCAGUCAUAAAAAACGUAGAUUUAACUUAAUUUUGGAUUUCAUGUAGCUCAGAGUUGCGAAAGCCUGGAAAAAAAACUUUAGAGAAUUUUACUGUAUUUAACGCCGCUGCUAUUUUAUUCCCAGCGCACGCACGGACUGUGUGUGUGGGUAGGCAUGAGCGGCGCGUGCGUGCAUCCAAUUCUUGUAGACAAGUCUUUGUAAUCGCUUACCAUUUAGGCCACAGAUGUGUAUGUGGGUUGCACACUGCCAUCAGACCGUCUGAAUUAGGCUGCUCCACGUUUUAGUGAGGAAAACAAGAUGAAGACGUGGCGGGCUUUGUUCGUAGAACUCCAUAGUCGCAAACAUCUCAGUCGUUUCAACCGCACGAUUGGUUGUCCUUGCUGUGUAAGAUUCGCUCUCCGUAGAUGAUGUAUGUUAUCUCUUGCUGCAGGCAACAGUGAAGGCGUUCUUUCCCUUUGUCUUCAGCAGUGACUGGCUCGUGUAGGCCAAGGCAAUGCGGACAGUGUUGGAUUACGUUUUACUCUGCUUAUUUCUGACUCUUUUAAGUACAGCAUUAUUUAUACCGGGUAUUUGCACAGGCUGCUUAUGCAUAAACACGAUGGGAAGAUGUCGAGACUAAGUGGUGUUUGCAGAUUUUUGUGGCAACGUCUGACGGGCAAAAUGGAGUUCUUUAAAUAGAGAAUGGAGUGUUUUGUUUUUUUAAUGCAUGACUCAUAAGAAGAGGGUAAUGAAGCUUCUAAAAAGAGACCGCUUGCUCGGAGGACAGUAGGCUACAGACUUCAGAAGGAUGCGUCAGAAAGACACCGUGGAGACCUGAGAUUGUCUUACCAAACGCUGAUGAAGGAAAACUUUUUCUAAUGUCUCCUCUCCGGAUACGUCAACGAAACAACGAGAUAUCGCGUGUAACUGUUCGUCUGUCUCUACUUUUUGUCCAUUCUUUCGCCUAAGACCCGACUGCAGGCCUUCGAGCUCCGUAGUCGAUGAUCCAGCGCUUAGUAAACUUACGUUCACCUCAUGCAGCCCGUUUGACGUUGCCUGAACAGAUGUGGUAUGUAAGACUUGAAUUCAAAGCAAAGGCUGAUGUUCUGCACGGCCCCGCCAUUGUGUGUACAUAAAAAAAAGACACCCAAGUUUAUAAUGCCACUGGAAGCGCGGGGCUGUUCAGAUGCUUGCCAUUUUGCUUUCGGUGCACAUCCAUGCAGUAGGAAUGUCGGUAACUUGAAGACUAUCAGACGUGGAUAUUCUGCGUCCUUUUUCUUGAUCGAAUGACUUUUUGCAACUUUGCUGGACUCGGUUGUAUCGCUAACCAGCACUCACUGUAAACUUUACUCCAUCGUUCGAUUUUUUUUUCCUUAUUUUUGACACAUUUGCAACAGGCAAGAAUGAUUAUUACUUGUAAUAGAACAAAGUGUAUAUCAUG